AUGCUCGGUAUCGUGUAUGCCAGGUCAUUCCAGGUGGCGGCAUUAUCUCCGGUCCAGUGUGCUGUGUACUUGCCAGAACCCACGAAAGUGGACCUACUCAGCACAAACGGCCUUUUACCAGUCACGCCAAACUUGGCCAAGAUAAGGGACCCCAUCACGUUUUAUGAAGAUUUGGGCUUGCAAUCCCCUUACCAUAUUCCUCAGAGGCCGCUAUGCAUAAACUCCAAUACAGAAACAUUUUUAUCAAAGAAAAGGCUACAUCAAUCCUCCAUUAAGAGCAUUGUCCUACUUACCAAACGACCAAUAAGGCAUAGGCGCUGGCCGGCCAAUGAGGCCCGUGUACUGCUCCAUGACCAGCUCCGGCGUGGGCCCGGCAAAGAAAUACAGGUCAAGCAUUCCUCCGAUCACCUUGUAUGUAAUCCGAUCCCCUGCAUACACAACAUCCAUCCCAUUGCUAUUGAGCAGCAGGACUCCAUGAGCCAGCCCACCCGGAGAUCGGAGAUCCAUGUAGAAAGGGUGGGACCCAUACAGGUUGAGAUCCACGGCGGCGCUGGCGAUGUCGGCGUUCCAGAGGGUGAGUGUCUGGUUGUGCUGCAGCUUGAAGGUGCCCUUCGUGUGCUCCCCGACGCCGUAGAGGUAGGAGGUCCGCGGCGGCAGCGAGGAGGAGAGCUGGAGGUACUGAUCCUUGAAUAUGAGGUAGGUGGCGGCAUCGCGGCCGAGGGGCGUGGUGUCGAAUACGGUUUCGCCGGAGGAGCGGCGGCGGACGGUGAAUCCAAACGGCGUGGUGUUGUGGAGGGAGAAGAGCAGGUCCGAGCUCGGGAGAGAGAUCUGCGGCGGAGAUGGGUGGAGGAGGGAGGAGCGGAGGCGGCGGCGGCGGGGGAGAAUGUUGUCGGGGAUUUCCCAGCGCCGCUUGCUGGCGUCAGUGAUUCGGAUUCGCAAACGGAGGGUUUUGCUUAUAACUAA